AUGUCCGAAUCACACUCCCUCGUCUCCUAUCUACUCACUCCCUACGCAAUUCCCCUUUUGUUGCUUGCUUAUUAUGUAUUGCCGUACCUCUCCAAAACACAUUGGCUCUCCAUCCCCGCUCCCUUUCCGGCCGCAUACACGAACCUCUGGCUGUUCUGGCAGGCCCGUCGCGGCCGACGAUUCCUGGCUGUGAACAAUGCACAUAAGAAGUAUGGCAAAUUUGUGCGCAUUGCGCCGAAUCAUGUCAGUAUUGCGGAUGACGAGGCUAUUCAGACUGUGUAUGGGCAUGGGAAUGGAUUUCUCAAGUCUGACUACUACGACGCCUUCGUCUCAAUCCGUCGCGGCCUCUUCAACACCCGCGACAGAGCCGAGCACACACGCAAACGCAAAACCGUCGCGCACACAUUCAGCGCAAAAUCCAUUGGCCAAUUCGAGCAGUACAUCCACGCCAACAUCGAGCUGUUCGUCACUCAGCUCACAAAACUCUCAAACCUGCAACGUAAUCCUCGCACAGGUUAUGCGUCGAUUGACGCAUUGAAUUGGUUCAACUAUCUGGCGUUUGAUAUCAUCGGCGACUUGGCCUUCGGCGCACCAUUCGGUAUGCUCGAAAAGGGGAAAGAUGUUGCCGAAGUGCGCAAGACCCCCGACUCGCCACCUACAUAUGCACCCGCAAUUGAGGUGCUGAAUCGUCGUGGUGAAGUGUCGGGCACAUUGGGGAUUAUGCCAUUCCUAAAGCCGUAUGCGGCUUAUCUGCCAGAUUCUUUUUUCAGUAAGGGACUUGAGGCUGUUGAGAAUUUGGCUGGUAUUGCGGUUGCACGAGUGAGCGAGAGACUCAAACCUGAGGUUAUGGAGAAUAAUACUCGGGUUGAUCUGCUGGCGAGGUUGAUGGAAGGGAGGGAUGAGUCGGGUGCUCCACUUGGGCGUGAGGAGCUUACGGCUGAGGCGUUGACGCAGCUUAUUGCCGGUAGUGAUACUACGUCCAACACGUCUUGUGCGUUGUUGUAUUGGGUUCUAAAGACACCGGGCGUCAUGAAGAAGUUGCAGGAGGCUGUGGAUGAGGCGUUGCCUGAGGGAGUUGAGGUGCCUACAUUCGCCCAGUUGAAGGAUAUUCCUUAUAUUCAAUACGUCAUCCAAGAAACAAUGCGCAUCCACAGCACUUCCUCCCUUGGUCUCCCCCGCCAAAUCCCGCAAGGCAGCGCACCCAUCAACAUCUGCGGCCGCACCUUCCUCGCCGGAGACGUCGUCUCAGUCCCCUCAUACACAAUCCAUCAUUCCACCGAAAUCUGGGGACCUGAUGCCGAAGCCUUUGUUCCGGAGCGCUGGGCACCCGAACGAUUGACUGCUCGCCAAAAGGCGGCUUUCAUCCCCUUCUCUACGGGACCCAGGGCUUGCGUUGGAAGGAAUGUGGCGGAGAUGGAAUUGACGUGUAUUGUGGGCACGGUGUUUAGGAAUUUUGAGUUUGUAUUGGAGCAAGAACAUGCGAUGGAGACGAGGGAGGGGUUUUUGAGGAAGCCCCUGGGGUUGGAUGUGGGUAUUCGACGGAGGUCUUGA